AUGUUGGAUAAAAUGGAUUUAUCAUGGAAUAAUGUGCCAACCACCAUACUACAAAGGAUUUUUAGCCAAUUGAGCAUCAAAACUCGCGGUCGAUGUUCGCAGGUUUGUCGUCAUUGGCACUAUGUGUUCUGGACGCGUGAGCCAUGGAGCCGAUUUGUAUUUCACGAUCAUCUUUUGGUUCGAAGACGAUUUACUCAACACAGUGGAUGGCAAUAUGCCUUAGAUCAUAUGAGAAUAAGAAUCGUUAUACCCUUACUUAUUGAGAAAUGGAGAGAACUCAUCUUUGAGCCUGUCGAGAACAUAUUCAACCUUUAUGAAUUCAUUAUCAAACUAUCACAAUUCAGUGAACAUCAGGAAAAAUUCCAUCAUGUUAAUCCAUUAUCGUAUGUUCGCAAAUUUGUUUUUUCUUGGAAACUACAUGUUCAAACGAAUAGUCGACGAGGCGAUACGGAAGAGAGAGAAAUAGGGACUGGAGGUGAAAUACUUAGAUCGUUAACACAACUCUUACAUAACUUAUCUGGCUUAAAACGAUUAGAAAUCAAUGAUCUACAACUUGAUUAUAGCGACGCUGAGCGUUUCUUACAGGAAGUCUUGGAAACAUACCAGGAAACAUUAAUUUAUUUAUCGUUGAUGAAUAUAACGAAACACUUCUACAAUCAGUUCUUACACGUUGGAUUGUUCGUUAACUUGAGAUACCUUAAGAUCUCUUUAGACUUACUGAAUGCAUCGACUAUUGAGCUAUUAGCCGAUUUGAAGUAUUUGAAGCAGAUCGUAAUAGCUCAGGAUGAAAAAUGUGAUGAGACUGUUGGGUACUACAGCUAUUCAAGUCAAUGGAGAUCAUUCAAAGCUCGCAAUAAUAAUAAAACUCAAAUCACUCUAUACAUGAAAGGCAAAUGUAAAAAACAAAUGAUUCUACAGCCUAAUGCUCCUGUAACGACUAUCGUUUGGGAUCGAAGUUGUGGUCAAUUGGAUGAAGAACUAGCGGAAAUGAUCAUUUCAUACUAUGCGACAAGCUUGAAGAAGUUCAUCCAAAUAGGAUUAGAACGUUUUAAACGAAAAAACGAUGUAAAAAAUCGCAUUGACAAGCCGUUGAUUAAUCUAUUUAUAAGAUGCCAUAACCUGCAAUAUUUAUCAAUUCGGGAAAGAAUGUCUAAUGGCACAGCAUUGAUACUUGCGUUAUUGGCAUCCAAUCGUCAAGCUAUCAUACAUAUACGCGAAAAUGCUUUACUGAAAAGGUUAUCUUGGACUAGAAACGAAAUUGAAAUGCUACCGUUGCCCAUAAGUAUGAAAUGGAUUCAAAAGGUUUCUCAUAACUACCAACAUACAUUCAGUGAGAUUUCAAAUAUCACUAACUCAUCUCGUUCUCUUCUCAAAGAUAAGUUGUACAUCGACUAUGUUUAA